GCCAAGAUUUGAGAGUGCGCAGCCUCAGAAGAGUCAGCCGCCUUGGGGGUGGGGUUGGGCGGAGCAGUGAGGUUGUUCGCUCGUGCUGGUCAAAAUGGCGGAACGCGGAUACAGCUUCUCUCUCACCACAUUCAGUCCUUCUGGAAAGCUUGUUCAGAUUGAAUAUGCCCUGGCAGCUGUUGCAGCAGGAGCCCCAUCAGUUGGAAUUAAAGCGGCAAAUGGUGUGGUGCUGGCAACGGAGAAAAAGCAGAAGUCCAUUCUGUAUGAUGAACGAAGUGUACACAAAGUGGAACCCAUUACCAAACACAUAGGCUUGGUAUAUAGUGGCAUGGGCCCGGAUUACAGAGUACUUGUCCACAGAGCACGCAAAUUGGCCCAGCAGUACUACUUGGUUUAUCAUGAACCUAUUCCAACAGCUCAGCUAGUACAGAGGAUUGCUUCUGUAAUGCAAGAGUACACACAAUCUGGGGGUGUACGCCCGUUUGGUGUAUCAUUGCUAAUAUGUGGGUGGAAUGAGGGACGACCAUAUUUAUUCCAGUCGGAUCCAUCAGGGGCUUACUUUGCAUGGAAGGCAACUGCAAUGGGAAAAAACUAUGUGAAUGGAAAGACAUUCCUUGAAAAGAGGUACAAUGAAGACCUGGAGCUUGAAGAUGCCAUUCAUACUGCUAUCUUGACGCUAAAGGAAAGUUUUGAAGGACAAAUGACAGAAGAUAACAUAGAGGUUGGCAUCUGUAAUGAGGCAGGAUUUAGAAGACUCACCCCAACUGAGGUUAAGGAUUACCUUGCUGCAAUUGCCUAGUGUGAGUUAAGGAAGACUUCCUGGAUACAUGCAAAGAUCCUUCCCCCCCCCAGCCAUUUAAAUAUUUGGCUUCUGCACUCUCAUUUCUACUUCGUUUAUCAGCUAGAUUUUUUAAAAAGGAAAUGUUAUGGAUUCAAAUACUACUGUCCUAAUAUUGAAUUGUGGAAUUAUUGUUCUUAAAACAUUAAACACUGUACAGGAAUAGCCAACCUGAAAAAAUAAAGAUACAAAGAGUGGUGUAAUUUCUGGGUAAAACUUCAAAAGGUA